GCUGAAGUCAGAUCAUAGGCCGAUCCUUAUGACCACUUCAGUGAAUAAAGGCUCAAGAUGGUUGGAGAGAAGAUUCCAGUUCCUUUCUGCCUGGCUUGAUCACAAGGAGUUCCAACCAUUUGUGAAAGAGAGCUAGAGGCCAAGAGGAGGAUUCCUUCCAGCAAUGAAAGGCCUUUCUGAUAACCUGAUUAAAUGGAACAAGGAGGUCUUUGGUAACAUCUUUAGAAGGAAGAAUGACCUGCUCAGAACCUUGAAAUCAUUGGAAAUGGUGAAUGAAAGGAAGCCAUCAAGAAGAUCCCUUGAAAAAGAAAGGGAAAGAAGAGAAGAGUUAGAGGGUACCUUGUGGCAGGAAGAGAUGUUGUGGAGGCAAAAACCAAGGGUCAAGUGGACUGUGAAGGGGGACCUCAACACUCGUUAUUUCCACAAUUGCACCUUAAGUAGAAGAAAAAGGAACAAGAUCAUCAGACUUCAGAAUGGGGAUGGUAACUUGAUUGAUGAUCCUGACACUCUCCAAGCCAUGGCAAAGGGCCACUUUGUCCAUCUGUUCACAAGUGAAGCCCCUAGCAACUGGAUCCAGCUUCCUGCCUCUUUCCCCCAUGUUGAUGAGUCCUGCCUGAGAAGAAUUGGAAAGAUUCCCAACAUUGAAGAAGUUAAAGCUGUCAUUAUGAAAAUGAGUGGACUAAAGGCACCUGGUAAAGAUGGGUUCCACGCCCUGUUCUACCAGAAAUGUUGGGAUGUUGUGGGACUGGAUUUCUCCUCAUUCAUCAGGAGUUGCUUCAGUAACCCCAGCAACAUUAGAAGCAUUAAUGAAACCUUGUUGGCUCUUAUCUCCAAAGUGGAGUCUCCUUCCUCAAUGAACCACUUUAGAACAAUUAGUCUAUGUAAUGUGGGGUACAAGGUGGUGGCUAAGUGCAUUGCCAAUAACCUGAAGAUGUUCAUGACACAGCUGGUUCACCCUAACCAGUCCAGCUUUGUACCAAACCGCCAUAUUACUGACAAUAUUAUUAUUUUGCAGCAGACUGUCCAUUCUAUGUCUAGGAAGGCUGGAAAGAAAGGGAUCAUGCUCCUUAAAAUUGACAUUGCUAAAGCCUAUGACAGAAUUAGUUGGCAAUUCCUUGAGGAAACGCUCAAAGCUGCUCACCUCCCUCAUGACUGCAUCAGAUUGAUCAUGGCCUGUGUGACCACCACCUCCUUCCAGGUCUUGUGGAAUGGGGGAGAGACUAACACCUUCUACCCCUCAAGAGGAUUAAGACAGGGAUGUCCCCUCUGACCUUAUCUUUUUACUUUGUGCAUUGAAAGGUUAAGCCACUGCAUACUGAAAGAUGUGAAUGAUGGUCACUCGAAACCUGUGUGUCUUUCCCCUGGUGGUCCUGCUCUGUCUCACCUUUUCUUUGUUGAUGACCUGGUGUUGUUCUCUCAAGCCAGUUUGUCAAAUGCUUGCAUUAUCAUGAAAUGUCUUGAGUCUUUUUGUGCUGCCUCUGGUGAAUUGGUCAGUAAAGAGAAGUCUAGAACCUUUUUCUCCAAGAAUGUCAAGCAAAAUGAUAGACAUAACAUUUGUAUCUAUCUUGGUAUCCAAGAAACCAAGGACCUUGUU